GAUGAUGCUGGACAUCUCAGAGGACGCACGCACUUUUUACGCUUUAUGCACACGGCCAAACGCUCAAAGCGCUCUUUUGCGCUUACAUGCACUAAAAUAAAGGAUAUCAGCGCGGAUGCUUUGCGGUUUGGAGAGGCUGAGAGUUUUAUGAAGUAGGAGGAGGAUUGUGCUCGGAUUUGUACGCUCACUUUUUUUUUUGUGAAUGGAGAUGAGUCGUGCGUAAAAAUCUGCUUUCAAGAGAGGAGCUGUCACUCUCCCACCUGUUGGCAGGUGGUGUUGGCUUUAACCGCGGACAUCUACUAUGGCAUUGGGCUUGGAAAUAAUGGAGGAUAUUGUUAUCGACGUAGUAGGGGAAGGACUCAAAGAUAACGGAGAGGAGCGACUCUUACCUCUGGAUGAGUCUCAGAGCGAGCAGGACCGCAACACGGAGACUUUGUCAACCAGCAGCGAGAGUAAAGACCGGGACACAUACAGCCCCGCACCGGCGUGUCCCCCUACUGCUAAAACCAAAGGUCCCGCGUCGGUGAAGCCUCCAUACUCAUACAUCGCUCUGAUAACGAUGGCCAUAUUGCAGAGUCCAAAGAAACGUCUCACUCUCAGCGAGAUAUGUGACUUUAUCAGCCAACGCUUCGUUUAUUACCGGGAGAAAUUCCCCGCCUGGCAGAACUCUAUCAGACACAAUCUGUCGCUUAAUGACUGCUUUGUAAAGAUGCCCAGAGAGCCUGGAAACCCCGGGAAGGGCAACUACUGGACGCUGGAUCCCAACUCCUCAGACAUGUUUGAGAAUGGGAGUUUUCUGCGCCGGAGGAAGCGAUUCAAGCGGCAGCACUUUCGCUUCGACCCACUCAAGGAGCAGCACCUGGAGCCCAGCGGACUGCACGGCUUCCCCCACGGUGCCUACGGGCUCGGGACGGCGGCUCUGCAGCUGCCCAGUCUGGAGAUUUACCCCUACAUCCAUCACCAUGCGCACUCGGCGUGCGCCCCCGCCACCAUCCCACCUGUCAGCAGCAUCCUGCCGGCUCUCUCCAGCUUCUUCUCUCGCAGCGCCCUCACAGCCAAGGCUUUCCUUCAGUCACAGCCCGGCAUGGAAGCCUUCUCCCCGGCUCAAUGUACUGCUUACUCCUCUCCUCUGACCUCCAGCGCAGCCUACGCGUCCCACGCGCUUUUCCACCCUGCUGCGUCUCCGCACUUCCUCAGUUUACAUCAGGAGUAUCAGAAAUUACAGACUCAGCGUGGCACCGUCGACCUGGCCAAACACAUCAACAUUGCUAACAAUGAAUAAUUAGUAGCCUACGUUACACCGGACUUGUGUUUUCUCAGGUAACAGAGACGAUUUAAGCAGAAGCUCAAAAAAUCUCCAGCGAUGGAAAUCGGAUGGAUUUGUUUUAAAAGAAUGUUGUAGAUAUGUUAGAAACUAUCCCCCCUUCCUUCAUUUUCUGUAUGGCAAAAAAUCUUUUAGCAGGCGCCUUUUUUUUUAU